AUGGCUCUAUUUGGAAGUUCGGCAACCUACAACGGCAGGAUGUUGGUAUCGAAUUGUCUGCCACUUACAACGACGCGUGAAGGCUACGUUCUUGUUCAGAAAGCUGUUGUAGGCAAUUCUGCCUCGAUCAGACUCUAUGUGCCAGCUCUAGAUGUCGCCAUUAUAUCCUUGGGUAGCAUCAGUGUGCUUGUUAUUUCUCUGGAAUUUGGAGUACCUCGGACAGGCCAAGAAAUGCAUCAACAGGGAGUAACCGAGCCAUAG